GAUAUAAUCCCUUACAUACCAAAGGCCUGGAGGCCAGAGACUGAAAACCACUGGUACUGAGCAACGUGGAAGGUGCAACCAUAACUCUGAUAUGGGCUUCAACAGAGAUGGAAGAGGACUUGCUGCCCCAGAUCUGCUCAGGAAACAACACAGGACUUAAAAAGCAGAGAAGCACCUGUAGUUUAAGAGGAUGGAAAAUCUGCAUCAAUCUGUGCCGUGGAACACAAGUAUGAAUGGAUCAUGAAUAAUCUCAAACAAGAGCAAGAUUUGAGACUAUGGCCAAUUUCCUCAAAUGAAUAACUGACUGUAGGAUAUGACUGAGCAGUCUGGAACCUGGCAGCAGAGUGAAUUGCUGAUGAGAGUGCUCUAUCCCUGCCACAGCCCAGGGCCACGUCUCAGUAAGCAGGGGAUCAGUUGGCAGGAAAGGGGAGAGGCAGGAGAGCCCUGUGGCUCUGCCACCUCCUGUGGCAGCUGUGCCUCAGAGGGGAUUCCCAGCCCUGCCUGUGUCCUGGGGAAGGAGCCAACCACCCCACGCCAAGGACAGAAAGAGCAAGGUUUUUCUCAGGCAUCAGGAAUGUCUUCUGAGCCUGCUGCAUCUGCUUCGGAGCAGUCCCCCUCCUCUCUGCACUCGUCCAGUUCUCUUCAUCUGCCUGAAAGCCGCAGGACGAGAGAUCGCUCCCCAUCUCCCAUGAGGGGGUACCUCAUCCCCAGCCCCCUGCCCACGCGGCGCACCAGGACGUAUUCAGCAACUGUGAGAGCAUCAGAGGGUCCCAUCUACAAAGGCGUCUGUAAAUGUUUCUGUCGCUCUAAAGGCCAUGGCUUCAUUUCCCCUGCAGAUGGAGGGCCUGACAUCUUCGUACACAUUUCUGACAUCGAAGGCGAGUACGUCCCUGUGUCAGGGGACGAGGUCACCUACAAGGUGUGCACCAUCCCACCAAAGAAUGAGAAGCUUCAGGCCGUGGAGGUGGUCAUCACCCACCUGGCCCCAGGCACCAAGCACGAGACCUGGUCGGGACAUGUCAUCAGCUCCUGAAGUUGCCCAGGGGAUGCUGUCUGCGUGGGUCACUGCUCAGCGCCUGCCAUCAGGGAACCUGACCUAAGAAUAGUCUGCAAAUGGUGCGGGAGGAAAUACUGCAUUGUCAAUAAAAGCAGAAGUAGGCCAAAAUUACCAUCUUUACAGUAGGCCUGAUUUAACAAAGGAGAAAAAAAAGGCAAUCCAGAUGCUAAUGAAAUGAAAAAUUGUGUCUUUAUUAAUGUGUUUACAAAAAUGUAUUUUAAAGAGAUGUAGUUUGUGUGCUUUGAGGGGUUGGAUUUUUUUUUUUUCCUUUAUUUUGAACCAAUUCCAGUCUCUCAGGGGACUCGGGGAGCCUUGAAGGAGAGCCCUUGCAGCACAGCCAGCUGUAGCAGAUGCACAGGUGCAAGGCCCCGUGGGUGCAUGAGCACUGUGGUCCCUUGAGCUGUGCUUCUGCAGGUGUCAGAGUACACUUACUGCUGGUAGCAGUGCCUCACUGCCUUGACAUGAAAGUGAGCAAGCUGCUUCGUGCUGCAAUUUGUUUUCCUUGUGGAAGAAAGAUCACAAACUGCUGCACAGUGGAAAAUCUCCAUCUGGUGGUUAUGCUCUGAUGGCCUUCAGGUGCAGCAUUUGCAAACAUGUGUCUGUGUAUGUGUGGAAUAUUGUGUGUUUUUUCUAAAAAAAAGCCUGGAUUGUUCAUGAAUUUACUUUGGUGCCUUGAUGGUUGAUUAGCAACAGAUUUUAUAGGCCAGUAUUACUUAAAAAAAAAAAUAAAAAAAUUGCUUCAAGGUAAGUGGGUAGAAAGCUGUAGAGUAGCUUCAAAGCUUCUGGCUGUGUCUGAAUUGAGACUACCUUCUUGACUGCAUAUAGCUGAUAAAUGUCUGCUGUGGUGUUUCACUGGCAGGCAGGCGAAAUAACUUCUGAAAAGCAAGUUAGGUGCUGUUGAGCUCACUGUGUACUGAAGUACUGUGAGGGUUACUUAGUAGACUCGCCUCUGGGGGGAGUAGAUUCUGCAGCUGUGUUUUUUAGAAGACUUUCUUGAUAGGAUGUGCUCUGGCCACCCUUGCCUCAGCUCUCUUCUCUGCCUGCGAGGUUGCAUAUAGUUGAAGUAAUGUGACUGUGCUGUUCCCGUUUUCCAUACCCUUUUU